AAGCCCAACCGUGUUAGGCAUAAGCAGUUUUUGGACACCAACCAACACAUCGGACCUUUGCUGCUAAAUCAAUGAGAAGUAGUUUUUGCAGCAAUCAGCUUCUCCAGUGUCGAUCACUUUACACCGUAUCAAGAUUUCUUUUCAUCCGUCGUCUUUGCCAUGAACAUGAUUUUCAUGAGCCGCAAGUGUUAAAUGUUAUUCGGAAAAUCAAACGAUUGUUAACAUAAAUCAGUUAUUUAAACACAAACAAAAUCAAAAGAAAACAUGGAAACCCUCACCGAACCAAGUGUUGCUCCGGAACUCCGGGGCGAGUCACUUAUUCCGACAUCACCGGACGAAGAACGUUCAAUUGAUCACCAUCACAACAACAACAACAAUGACGACGACGAAGACGUCGAUUUGCCGGGCAUGAUCCAUCCAAGCAAUCUCCUCGAAGAGCAAUCCCAGUCAUCCCAGGACAGCAGUAGUUUAGUGUCUCCUCCACCGGGCGGUGGCGGUGGAGAUGUCCCGGAAGAAACCAUCGAAAACAUUGCAAAGGAACUGCAGCACAGCAAUAGUGGUUCGGACAACACCUGCAACGAUACCAACGAUUCCCAGCCGGAACCACCGCUGGAGAACACCACCGAUUCCAGUAGUAUACCGCACCCGGACGAUCCGGAAGGCAAUGCGUCACCGUCACUCGAGGUGCCUCCAGUGGCCCCGACACUGAAAAUUCACAUAGCGCCCGUCAUCUCCAACGGUAAUUUGCCGGCCAAGUCCGGCGGCAAACCGACGACGAUGCGUGAUCUCGAUCGUAAAAUGAACAAAUCACGCGGGCGGCCGAAACGGAGACCCAUGGUGGCCAUGUAUCAAAGUGAGAUAAGUGAAAACAAAAUCGGCAUAAAGCUGUGUAUAAAGAAGGCAUCUGAUGCUGCAGUACAACAACCAAAGAGGGCGACCCGCAAGCGAACCCGCAAGCCCAAGAGCCUUACCGAGGACAGUGAUGAGGAGCCGGCGGUGGUAUCUCCGGAAAAACGCACCCGCCGGCCUCGAACGUCCUCGCAGCGAACGAACAACAACACGGAAAAGGCCAUCGCCGCUGCCGCCGCCGCCGCCGCCACCCAAGAGGAGUACAAAAGGCCCGAAGAUCAGAGCGCGUGGGCCGACCAGCUUCCGGAGCAUGUGCUGUGCACGAUAUUUCAACACGUCAUCCAGGACGACGGUUGCAUUCCCGCGUUGAUCCGGUUCGGCAAGGUGUGCUCUGCCUGGCAUAAAGCUUCCCUGGUGCCUUCGCUCUGGCGAACAGUGGACCUCGGCAACUGGACCAAGGAGCGGUUCAAAACCGAGCUCAAGCUCAAGUGGCUCAUCGAAAACCGUCUUCGCAAUAGUACCGAUGUCAGUUUUGGAAACUGGAAGAUUACCAACGUGCAAUGUGUGCUAGAUAAGCUGCUGACAGUGGCACCCAAACUGGUUGGAAUCACCCUGACGGGUUGGAAGCAACUCACUUCCGAUCAUCUUAUGUUUCUCGUGCAAGAGUUCAAGAGCCUGCGGAGAAUAGAUCUAAGCUCAAUCAAUGCCGAAGUCAACGCAAACAAAACGGCCGUCGGUCAGGUUUCAUUAUGCAAUGCUAUCUCGGAAAUGGGCGAACGGUUGACCCACCUCUAUCUGGCUCACAAUCGUCUCAGUGGCAUUCCUCAAAUCGUCAAGGCUCUAUCGACCCAGUGUCCCAAUCUGGUGCUACUAGAUCUGUCCAAUGUCAGCACAAUUGCCGUCUCCCACGGUAUACUCAACAUCGAGCAGCUGCAAGCCGGUUGCCAAAAGCUGAAGGUACUGCGGAUAACCAAUUCCCAUAUCAAUCUGAACUCUGCCACUCUCCAGGAACAGAUGGAAUCUCCCGGCUUCCCAGAGCUGGAGGAACUCUCGGUCGCUUCCCUGGCCGAUGAAUCGCGCCUCUUCAACGACGAGUUUCUCCAGAGGAUUCUCAAAACCAGCACCCAGCUGAAGCUACUUGAUCUGCGAGGCUGCUCGAGGCUAACCCACGACAGCUUGAUUCGGCUACCGACGUGGGACCUGAAGCAUCUCUUUCUCUCCGGGUGUUCCAUCACCAGAGACUUAGGGUCUGGCUUGGAGCUGAUAGCGUCCAAGUGGGCACACAGUUUGAUAGAGUUUGAUCUUGCUUGGGCCAACGCUACCAAGCCCUUGGAUGAUGCCCUGAAAGCAUUGGCCGAUAAGGGCUCUGAAUCACCUCUGAACCACCUCAACCUGUGCGGUUCAUCCGUCUCUUUGGAAGCGGUCAAAGAGGUCCUGACUUGCUGUCCCCACAUCAACUCGAUCAACCUUUCCUCCUGUCGAGGUCUUCCAAGGGGCGUCAAACGGCUUCUCCAAGGCCCCCAGGAGAUUGCCGAGCUUCGGGAAAACCUCGGCGUAACUCUCAAGCAACCCAAGCCGGUGGAGAUCUAAGCGCUCCCCUGGCCCCUCUUCCUCCCCCCUUUUACCGGGUACAUUUCCGUUACAGUGUCUGUACAGUGUGACCUGCUCCAAGCUCAUCAUCGUUCGCCGAAACAAGUGAGUGUGAUCAAGUUAUUCUUCUUGCUUGAUACAAAA